AUGGAAGCUGCACAUUUUUUCGAAGGGACCGAGAAACUGUUGGAGGUCUGGUUUUCCAGGCAGCAGUCCGAUGCAAGCCAGGGAUCUGGGGAUCUUCGUACCAUCCCAAGACCUGAGUGGGAUGUCCUUUUGAAGGAUGUGCAGUGCUCAAUCAUAAGUGUGACAAAGACUGACAAGCAGGAAGCUUAUGUACUCAGUGAGAGUAGCAUGUUUGUCUCCAAGAGACGUUUCAUUUUGAAGACAUGUGGUACUAUCCUCUUACUGAAAGCACUGGUCCCCCUGUUGAAGCUUGCUCGGGAUUACAGUGGGUUUGACUCAGUCCAAACCUUCUUUUAUUCUGGUAAGAAUUUCAUGAAGCCUUCUCACCAAGGGUACCCACACCGGAAUUUCCAGGAAGAAAUCGAGUUUCUUAAUGCAAUUUUCCCAAAUGGAGCAGCAUACUGUAUGGGACGGAUGAAUUCUGACUGUUGGUACUUGUAUACUUUGGAUUUCCCAGAGAGCCGAGUAAUCAAUCAGCCAGACCAAACCCUGGAAAUUCUGAUGAGUGAGCUUGACCCAGCAGUUAUGGACCAGUUCUACAUGAAAGACGGUGUUACUGCAAAGGAUGUCACGCGUGAGAGUGGAAUUUGUGACCUGAUACCAGGUUCUGUCAUUGAUGCCACACUGUUCAAUCCUUGUGGCUACUGGAUGAAUGGAAUGAAAUCGGAUGGAGCCUAUUGGACUAUUCACAUCACUCCAAAACCAGAAUUUUCUUAUGUUAGCUUUGAAACAAACCUAAGUCAGACCUCCUAUGACGACCUGAUCAGGAAAGUUGUGGAAGUCUUCAAGUCAGGAAAAUUUGUGACCACCUUGUUUGUUAAUCAGAGUUCUAAAUGUCGCACAGUGCUUUCUUCACCCCAGAAAAUUGACGGCUUUAAACGUCUUGAUUGCCAGAGUGCUAUGUUCAAUGAUUACAAUCUUGUUUUUACCAGUUUUGCUAAGAAACAGCAACAACAGCAGAGUUGAUUUGGAAAAAUGAAGAAGAAAAACAGCAAAAAGAGAAGACACACAGGAA